AUGUACUCAGAAGAUAACAAACAGCAACAGCAACAGCAACAGCAACAGCAACAACAACAACAAACUAAUGCGCAACUGCAUUGUCACCAGGGGCAACUGACACAACAGCAACAACAUCCUCAGCAGCAGCAGCAACAGGAACAUCAAUCACAUAGUCGUCUGCACCUGCGUCUGCACCUUCGCCACCACCACCACCACAACCACCAUCAUGAGCUGUUGACCCAACUGCAACAACACUCUGGUCCAACUUUAGCUACUCCAACGGCAUUGCCACCUUUUACUGCCAACACCUCAACACAUCACAAUACACCUCAAUUGUUGAUACCAGAACAACAGCAAGCUCAGUUCAGACAAGUUUGCUUUGAUUCUUCAACUCCUUCAGGAUCUUUUCCCGCAUCUGUUGAGGCAGCAACUACAUCGACUACUGGUAACAAUUUUCACACAACUGCACCAAAGUUGCCAAACUUACCUCCAUCAACACCUUUUGCUCCUGAACAACAACAACAACAACAGAAACAGGAACAGGAACAGGAACCUACUACGAGCAGCCAAAAGAGACUUUCUUCCUCCUCAUCCGAUUCUAGCAAACGCCUAAGGCUUGAAAAUGGUCAUCGUGCUACCAAUUCAAGUACGAGUAACAAAACCCCUUCUCAUACAUCGUCCACCGGUAACACCACCAGCACAAACUCUACCAUUGCAACAGCCACGCCACCAGUUACAAAGACACCCAAAUUUGUACGCAAGUUUAGGUCAAGGUCGUUACCUAUCAUCAACUACAACAACCCAAACUCGGCAUUUUUCCCUCACUACCGCAAGAAGCACAAUAACGUGUUUUUACAAGCUAAUGUACCGAUUGCAACCGCAGAGGAGACCAACACCCAACUUUCCACGUCUUCAUCCACUACCACCACACCAAUUUCAUCAGUCCCACCUGUCCCACCCAUCAAUCUCCAAUCUUUGAAGGAAAUCGACUUGCAUGAAAUUCUCAAAAACCCACAACUACGUCAUGAUAUACUUUUCGAUCCCCAGUUACAAUUCAGGCCAAACUUGGAUGGUGAAAGAGGUAAACGUAAAAAAUCAAUCAUAGACAAGUACUGGUUGGAGAUUCAAAAAGAGUGCCAACAGUUUUUCAUCCCAAAUAUUGACCCGAAAAGUUUAAAAAUUACUAGGUUGCCUGUUUUGUUCACCACUUUGAGAGACAUAUUGUUGUCAUUGUUACCAACAAAGGAUCGUCAACAAGUUUCAGAAAUCAUGGACAUUGAGUUGUUAGUACAACAACUACACCAUGGAAGUUUUGAUUUUGUUGAAAUGAGUAAAUGGUUGGGUGAUGUUUUCAAGCUGCAUUGUGCACCAAUGAGGGACCAGUGGGUACUGGAAAUGAGCGCCAAGUUUAUCGAUGCAGCCAAAUACAAUAGUGUGGGAUUUCUUGUUGGUGGAUUGAGAAUGAUUUUCCAAAUUUUGGAAGCGAUGAAGUUGGAUGUGGCAAACCAUCAGAUUAGGAUACUAAGACCAGUGUUGAUUGAAACAGCCGUUGAUUUCGAGCGUGACUACUUCCAAACUCUAAUCAGUCACCAGAAAAUCAACAUCAAUGACUCAUUGAACUGGUUUUACAAGAAAUUUGUGAAAAAGACUACUGAUGUUGAUUACAGUAACUUGCAAGUCAAUGAAGCCACGCUAAAACCUAUUGUCAUUAGCUCCAUCAUUGACUUGUUGUCGUGUCGUCAAAUGGCCACUGAAUUUCCAUCUACAUUGACAUUUGAUCAUACAAGGUUGGUUCUUUUACGUGCCGAUGUUCGUCAAUUAGUCUGCGUUCAAUUAUGCGUUGUUUUGUAUAAGCAAUUGGUUGUCAAUGCCAAAGCCAGUACACAAUUAUUAUCUCCGGAUAAUAUAACCAAAGUUCAACAAGAAGUAUUGGCUAUAGUCACUGAUGACAAUGGUAAUGUCAAAUGGACCAAGAAUAUCCAAUCGAUUGCACUACAAUUGGUUAAGAAUGCUGUGCCGAACAAGGAGUUACCCCAGGGUUUGGUUGAAUUUAGUUACAAUUGGCUCGCAAAACACAUACAGCCAAGUUCCGAAGUGUAUGGCUUGAUGGAAGCGAAAAUAUUCAAAGAGUUGAUGGCGGAAAUAGCGGUGCUUUCUGAGGAAAAGAGUACUGAGCCGGCCCAGGCUUCAAACACAGAAAUGAAAAAUAUAGCCCAAAGGAUUGCCACAUUGGUCAAUUUCCAUUGGAGUGUGUUUGGAUCUUACUAUUUGGACCAUAUACAAUCACAAUACCCCAAAUUGCAAAUGAGACAACAAGAAGAAAAGAGGAGAUUAGAGGAAGCAGCGGCCGCGGCAGCAGCAGCACGGGCAGCAGCUAAAACAGGGAGUGGCGACGAUGAAGAUACCGUCAUGUCUAUUGUUGAUGAAAAUACUACAGCCACCAGCAGCACACCACAAGGCGCACAGCAUAGCAGUCAAGCUAGACCACACGAGCAUCGUAAUGGGAGUACGAGUACUGGAUCAGCAACAAGUGGUGAAAACAACAACAACAACAACAACAACUCCACCACCACUAACAACAACAACAGUAGUAAUAACAGCAAUAACUUGGACAACAAUAACAAUACAUCGGCACCAUUGAGCAUGUUAUCUUAG